AUGGCUAAGAUCUUAAAUUCUUGUUUCAUCGUCUUUUCGAUUAUAUGCCUCGUCAUCGGUUCUCAAGUUUAUGCAGUGCCUUAUGAUUACUCAUACACAAAAGAGUGUUUAGCAAAACCGUUAAAGCCUCAAUACGAGGGAGGAGUGAUUGUGAAUCCCGAACUAAACGAAGGAUUGAAAGGAUGGACGAGAUUCGAAGAUUCGACGGUGGAGCACAGAGAAUCCGACGAUGGCAACAAGUACAUUGUUGCUUCCGCAAGAAAACAACCGUUUCAUAGUUUCUCGCAGAAGUUUAACUUAGAGAAAGAAAAACUCUACACUUUCUCCGCUUGGCUGCAAGUAAGCAAUGAAGAUGCAUACAUAGCAGCAAUUUUCAAGACAAAUACAAGCAAUGUAUAUGCUGGCUGGAUAACUGCCCAUAAGGGUUGUUGGUCAAUGGUCAAAGGUGGACUAGUGGUCAAUGUUUCUGGCCCUGCUGAACUCUAUUUUGAGAGCAACAACACAAAUGUUGAUAUUUGGGCAGAUAGCAUUUCAUUGCAGCCAUUUACCAAUGAAGAGUGGAAAUCCCACCAAGAUCAAAGCGUUGAGAAGUUCCGCAAAUCAAAGGUGAAAUUUCAAGCGGUGGAUCAGCACGGCCAACCCAUACCAAACGCCACCGUUUCAAUCAAACAGAACAGCGCCAAUUUCCCCUUUGGCACGGCCAUCAACCAAAACAUCCUCCAAAACGGCGCGUACCAAAACUGGUUCUUCUCCAGAUUCAAAUACACUGUUUUCGAAAACGAACUCAAAUGGGCGGAGACCGAACACAACAGAGGCGUCGUCGACUACUCCGUCCCCGACGCGCUGAUCAAUCUAGCGAAAUCGCACGGAGUCACGAUCCGCGGGCACAACGUCUUAUGGGACUCCCCGAAAUACCAGCCACGUUGGGUGCCGGGACUUUCGUCGAACGACUUGGCUGCAGCCGCGCAGAAGAGGCUGAUCUCAGUGAUGACCAAAUACAAGGGGCGGUUCAUUCAUUGGGAUGUAGUGAACGAGAAUAUGCACUGGAACUUCUUCGAGAGCAGGCUCGGCCCGAACAUUUCCACCGUUUAUUACAAGUAUGCAAACAAGAUUGACGGGAGCAGGACGACGCCGUUUCUGAACGAGUUCCACACCAUUGAGGAGAGUAGCGAUGGUGUUGCGUCGCCGUCGAAGUAUUUGCAGAAGAUUGAUGAGAUGAGGCGGGGGAGGUAUGCUGGGCCUUUGGGUAUUGGCGCGCAGGGACAUUUUAAUAAUGUGAAUUUGCCGUAUACGAGAUCCGCCAUUGAUAUGCUUGCUUCUGCUAAAUUGCCGCUUUGGGUGACGGAGCUCGAUGUUAAAGCCGGGCCCAACCAGGUAAAAUUGAACUAACGGUAAAU